AAUAUUUCCUCUUCCAGUAGCUGCACAAGUAUUGUUGAGAGCACCUGUAACACCUACACCCUCUCUUCCCUAGAUUAUGCCUGCCAGAAUAUUUCCACCUCCUCUCCUCUUAGGGAUAGAACCCACGUGAACUACGAUAUCAAAGGAGAUGUUGCGGUUGUACGUUUCAACACACCAAAUUCAAAGGUAAACACGCUGUCCAAACAACUGCAGUCGGAGUUUGUAGAGAUAAUGAAUGAAAUCUGGGCCAAUGAAGCAGUUAAAAGUGCCGUCCUGAUCUCUGCGAAACCAGGCUCCUUUAUUGCUGGGGCUGACAUCAACAUGAUUGAAGCCUGCAGAACCUCUCAGGAAGUGAGCCAGCUGUCUCAGGAAGGACAGAAGAUGCUAGCCGAUUUGGAGAAGUCACCCAAACCCAUAGUUGCUGCCAUCAGUGGUUCCUGCCUGGGAGGAGGACUAGAGGUUGCCAUCGCCUGCCAAUACAGAAUAGCAACAAAGGACAAGAAAACAGUCUUGGGCACACCUGAAGUAUUACUGGGGCUCCUCCCUGGGGCAGGGGGCACUCAGAGGUUGCCAAAGAUGGUGGGGCUUCCUGCUGCCUUUGACAUGAUGUUGACUGGGAGAAACAUCCGUGCUGACAGAGCCAAGAAGAUGGGGCUGGUUGAUCAGCUGGUGGACCCACUAGGGCCUGGUAUAAAAAGCCCAGAAGAACGAACAAUCGAGUACCUGGAGGAGGUCGCUAUUGACUUUGCCAGAGGACUAGCUAAUAAGACUGUCUCUCUUAAAAAGCAAAAAGGGCUAGUUCAGAAAGUGACAGACUUCGCCUUCUCGAUUCCAUUUGUGAGACAACAGAUCUACAAGACGGUGGAGAAGAGAGUGCAGAAGCAGACCAAAGGUCUCUAUCCCGCACCCCUGAAAAUCAUCGAGGUUGUAAAGACUGGCCUUGACCAGGGGAAGGAGGCUGGCUACCUCAUUGAAUCUCAGAAAUUUGGCGAGCUGGCAAUGACCAGCGAAUCCAAGGCGUUGAUAGGACUCUACCACGGGCAGGUGUUGUGCAAGAAAAACAAGUUUGGGACACCAAAGCAGGAGGUCAAGCACCUUGCUGUGUUGGGAGCAGGGCUGAUGGGAGCUGGGAUUGCCCAGGUGUCAGUGGAUAAAGGGCUUAAGACCAUUCUGAAGGACACAGCCCCACAAGGAUUAGACAAAGGACAGCAACAGAUCUUCAAAGGGUUGAACAGCAAGGUUAAGAAGAAGAGUCUGACAUCGUUUGAGAGGGACAUGAUUCUCAGCAACCUUGUGACGCAGCUAGACUAUGGGGGCUUUGAGAAGGCCGACAUGGUAAUCGAAGCAGUGUUCGAGGACAUCGGCAUCAAGCACAGAGUGCUGAAGGAGGUGGAAGCAGUGACCCCUCCUCACUGUAUCUUUGCCAGUAACACCUCGGCCCUCCCAAUCGGUCAGAUUGCUGCACCUGGCAAAAGGCCGGAUAAGGUGGUUGGGAUGCACUACUUCUCCCCCGUUGACAAGAUGCAGCUGCUGGAAAUCAUCACUACUGACAAAACAUCCCAGGACACAGCUGCUGCUGCUGUGGCUGUCGGCCUCAAGCAGGGCAAGGUCAUCAUCGUGGUCAAGGAUGGCCCGGGUUUCUACACUACCCGAUGUCUAGGGCCAAUGCUGGCAGAAGUGGUCCGGGUCCUUCAGGAAGGCACGGAUCCCAAGAAGUUGGACGCCCUUUCCACUGGCUUCGGCUUCCCUGUGGGUGCAGCCACCCUGAUCGAUGAGGUGGGGGUGGACGUGGCUGCCCACGUGGCAGAGGACCUGGGCAAGGCCUUCGGCGAGCGCUUUGGUGGUGGCAGCGUUGAGCUGAUGAAGCUCAUGGUGGAGAAGGGCUUCUUGGGCCGCAAGGCUCUGAAGGGCUUCUACAUCUACCAGGAAGGUGCAAAGAACAGGAGCCUCAAUUCUGGCAUGGAUGAGCUGCUGACCAGGUUCAAGUUGCCAGCCAACCCUGCAGUCUCCACCGACCAGGACAUCCAGAUGCGCCUGGUGACACGGUUUGUGAACGAGGCAGUCAUGUGCCUGCAGGAGGGCAUUCUCAGCAACCCCAUGGAGGGGGACACUGGCGCUGUGUUUGGCUUGGGUUUCCCACCCUGCCUGGGAGGUCCCUUCCGCUACGCAGACACACGUGGUGCCGGGCGCUUAGUGGACAGCCUGAGGAAGUACGAGGCUGUCUAUGGAAGCCAGUUCACCCCCUGCCAGCUGCUGCUGGACCACGCCAAGGACCCAGGCAAGAAGUUCCACAAGUGACAGUCCCCAUGAGCUGCUGCCCUGCCUGGGCUCUGCAGCUUUGCUGUAGGUGGAUCUCACAAGCAGUGGGGGCAGAGCAAGAGGGGCCACAGGUGCCCUCGAUGCCUGCAGUCCUCCAAGUGCCUUAGCAGCCACAGUACUAUGGGCACGUGGCCCCUUCCGCCCCCAGGCUGGGCAUCACCCCUGUGGCUGCUCACAGAAGAGCCUCCCUUGUGUCCAGCCUCCGAGUCCCACAUGUUGCAGCCGCCCAUCCAACCAGCGGAGCCAGGACACCCGUGCCCAGGGCAGCUGCGUGUCCCUGCGUGUCUGUCACUGCACCCGCUCAACAAUAAACCCCAUGCUCUUGGUU